GAAAUUGAGACAACAAUAUUGUAGCAAAAUGAAAGCAUUAAGUUACUUCACUUUCAAGACCCAAUCAAGUCUAUCUUCCCCCUCUAUCUCUGUGUUUCUUACCUUAUACAGUUGUGCCAAUCAAGUAGCAUCCCACUAUUCCCAUCUUUAGCAUAAAGCUAACCAAAAUCAUUUGUCCUCCUCUUUCUCUAUCUCUUAAAGCAGAAAUCAACAACCACAUUUCCAGAAAACAAACAAAAUUUUCAGUUUUUAGAUAUUUUUUUUGCCCUUUACUUUUACUUUUGUUUUGUUUUAUUCUUCAUUUAUUCAACCAACUAAAAAACUUUACCUUUUCUUUUCCCCCUGAAAUUUUUUCUUCUGAAACAAAAUUAUGAAAAACAUUAAGAGAGUGUUUUUGUAUUUAGGCAUGAGUUCAUGUGUUUCUACCAAAACUACUGAACCACCUUCUAUUCAAACCUUGGAAAAAGCACUUAAUACUGUUCAGUCUCCAGUUUGGGAAACUGCAGCAGGUAGUAAAGAGGAAGCCUAUUUUGAUUCAAAGCCUUGGCUAGAAUCAGAUGAUGAACAGGAUUUCUUGAGUGUCAAUGGUGCUCAGGACAUGGAGGCGCUCACCAACAUUAAGAAGAUUCUUAUUCUGUUUGAACUCACCUCAGGCCUCCAAAUCAACUUUCAUAAGAGUGAGUUGCUUGGCAUCAAUACUUCCCAGUUUUGGCUUCAAGAGGCAGCGGCAAAACUCCACUGUAAAGUGGGAUCUUUCCCCAUCGUUUAUCUUGGGCUGCCAAUAGGAGGAACGAUCUCAAGAAUCUCAUUAUGGGAUCCGCUGAUUGAAAAAAUGAAGAAAAAACUUGUAUCUUGGAAGGGCAAACUCCUCUCAAUUGGAGGAAGAAUCACGUUGCUCAAAGCCUCUCUCUCGAAUCUUCCGAUAUAUUAUAUGUCUCUGUAUCCUCUACCCCAAGGAGUGAUUGACAAGAUCAUAAAAAUUCAGAGGAAUUUCAUCUGGAGCGGCGGUAUGGAUAAACGCUCCCUGGCACUGGUGAGAUGGGAGUUACUUCAACUCCCAAAAUCGCUAGGGGGGCUCAAUGUGAGUAACCUGUUUUUUCGCAACCUGGGUCUGCUUUGUAAAUGGUUAUGGCGUUUUUUUGACGAACCAAAGGCUCUAUGGCGACAAAUCAUUGAAUCCAAGUAUAAUCUUCAAUCAACUCAUAAUAUGGCAGAUAUUCAGAAAAGCAAAAAAGGAGGACCGUGGAGAUUUUUGUGUAAUCACCUUCUCAAACAACAGGGGUUUCACGAAAUUUUGCAAAAAGGUGCUAGGAAGUCUAUUGGUAAUGGGAAGAAUACCUAUUUCUGGCAGGAUAGAUGGUUGACUAACUAUCCAUUAAAGAGGGCCUUUCCACGCCUUUUCAGGCUCUCUCCCAACCCAAUGGCAAGGGUAGCUUCAAUGGGCUGCUGGGUCAAUAAUGCCUGGAUUUGGCAGCCCGCUUGGAUCAGACCUCUCAGACCAAGACAUCAAGCUGAAUGGGAAUCCUUAUCAAAAGAAUUGCAGGUCGUGGAGUUAAAGCAGGAAAUGGACGAUACUCUUCGAUGGACCUUCUCAAAAUCAGGGUCUUUCUCAGUAAAAUCAUGUUAUGAGGUGCUCUUUAAAUCAUCUGAACCAUGUCUAAAGAAUGUAAUCCCCAAGAUUUGGGCUGGUUUAGCGCCUCCACGGGUCGAAAUCUUCAUAUGGCUAUCAAUAAUGGAAAGGAUAAACACGAAGAAAAAAUUAGCGCUUCUAAAUAUCAUCCCCAUCUCAGAUAUUGGAUGCACCUUUUGUAAAUCAUGGCCUGAGGACACAGCGCAUUUAUUUCUUCAUUGCCCCUUUGCAAUGCAAUUAUGGAGUUGGUGGUGGAACCUAUGGAACAUUUCAUGGGUCUGGCCUGCCUCUUUGAAGCUAGCACUAGAGCAAUGGGACUUCCCGGGAAGGAAUAAAACUUUCAAAAAAUUCUGGCUCGUCGCAUUCCAAGCAAUAAUCUGGUCCUUGUGGAAAGAGAGGAACGAAAGGGUUUUUAACAACAAAGCUUGCUCACUGAAUGAUCUUCAAUCCUUGGUUCUGGUUCGCAUUUGUUGGUGGUCUAAAGCUUGGAAGGAUUCUUUCCCAUACUCAACGGAUGAGGUUUUGAGGCACCCACAAUGCCUUCAAUGGGGCAGUUCUCCUCAAUCGAGUUUGAGGCUUACCCAGAAUCGUCCGCAAGAAGAUUGCAUAUCAACAUUAUCAUGGUCAGUUGGCAUAUCAGGGAACUAUUUCCAUGGUGGGAUAUAUCAAGGCUUCCUAGAGAACGAAAAAGGAAAGACGAUAUGCCUCUUCUCUUGCCCCUUUCCACCAAUGAACCCAAUCGCAGCAACUGUACUCGCAAUUCACAGAGCGAUUCAGAUCUCUCUAAACCACUGUACUUUCAAAAACCGCCCUACAGUCAUCUCUUCUGACUCAAUUUUGGCUCUGCAAUGGUGUGGUUCGCCGUCAAAGGGUCCACCUCACUUGAGCUUCAUUUUGAAUUUCAUCCAAUCUGCCCACAACAAAGGCUUCCCUCUCAUGCUUAGCCAUAGUCAAGGCUGCUCUCAGAAAGUCAGAUCAAUCCUCUCUCAGAAUAAUAUCUCAAAAUAUGCUGAUGUAGUUAUAUGGCGAGAACCUUAGUAAUUAUUGUUGAAAGUCUGAGAAUUGUAUUGAGAUGAGAUUGUAUAAUGGCCAGUGGCCUAUAUAUUGGAAUGAUGAAAUGAAAUGAUCAAAAAAAAAAAAAGUCUUAUAAAAGUAAUAUCCAAAUUUGAAGAUCGAAUCUUGUAUAUAUAUGUGAUUUUGUAGUUUUUUUUUAUAAGAAGUCAAACUAAUGCAUUAACCAAAAAACAAGGUAUUGAGAGAACUCAUAAAAAAAGUGUAAUACAUAGGGGAUCUGUGCAAGACACUGUUUUGAAAAAUAUCGAAAAAUAUAUUUUUGAUUUGAAUUGCAAUAAAUUAUUAAUGUCGUUGUUGAUUUCUAUAGUAAAUGGAGAAAUAUGGACCUUUGAUGAUCCUUUUUGACUUAGUCCAGUGUAAAAUCUAUAAAAUCUGUUUCUUUUUUGGAUUUUAUUGGAAUAUCAUUCGGGUGGACAAAGUUGAGUGACAAUGACAUUUCAUGCGCUUCGGACAUGUAACUAGUCAACUACUAGUCUUAUAUUGCACGCGAUGCGUGCGUUAAUUUUAAAAUAGUGUUUUAUUAUCCCAACUAACACAAACGACUAUUAUGAGCCUUUGAAUAAUAAAAUGAUAAAUUAUCCUAAUCGACACAGAAGACAAUUAUAAAAGGCAAAAAAUGAAAAAAUGAGAUUGUCCUUUUUUGGGUAUGUUUAUGUUAAUGUAUGUUCUUUGAAAUUGUGAUUGCAAUUGGAAGUUUAGUUAGAAAAAAACUUUGUAAGUUCUCACUUUUUAAUUAUUUGGAAUUGGUUUACUUAGAUUAGUAUAAUUUUUUAAUCAAAAAUAUCUCUUUUGAAGCAUAUUUUUUUGGAAAAUAUAUUAUGUGUACAUUACAUGUUAUUAUAAUUUAGGCAAUUUUAAGUUUCCUUAUUAGUCAUUACACAUUAAUAUAGAUCAAGAAGGAAUUCAAUAUUUUAUAAUUAACAUUUUUUGAUAAGUGAAGGAUAUAGAAGUAAUCUUACAGGAGGACACCGUAGCUCACCCCUUGGCUUAUAUAAUAGAGAUCUACAAAAUUAAAACCUAGCCCAACUUCAUUAGAACCUCCAGACUACCCAUUUUCCACGAGUUCGGAUCCUUUAGAGUUUUAGUGAAACUAUACAAAGUAGAGUUGUAUCUGAGCCAUACAUUUCAAAAUCAAAGGCUCAUAUUGGUGGAAGAUAAAGAUUUAGGGGUGAAUUUAAUAAGAUAAAACAGAAGAGAUUUUGAAAAAAUAAUAUACAAGCCAUUAAUUUGUUAUUCAAUGGUUGAUAUUGCACAAACUCUACCUUGUAGAGUUAUUUUACAACUCUAGAGAAUUCAAAUAACUCUACAAUAACUCUAGAGAAUUCAAAUAACUCUACAAUAACUCUACAAGGUAGAGUUUGUGCAAUAUCAACCAUUGAAUAACAAAUUAAUGGCUUGUAUAUUCUCUUUUCAAAAUCUCCUGUUUCAUCUCAUCAAAAUUCACUCCCUAAAUCUUUCUCUUCCACCAAUAUGAGCCUUUGAUUUUGAAAUGCAUGGCUCAGAUACAACUCUACUUUGUAGAGUUUUACUAAAACUCUAGAGGAUUUGGACUCAUCUACCACUAUCCAUUACUAUAUUUAGUUAUUUACUACUUCUUCCUUCUCUUUAUACUAACAAUAGUUUGAUUUUUACUGCAUAGAAAAAAGUUUAACUUUUACUAUUUACAAAUUUUACUUAGUUUAUUUAUGAUAAUUUAUAGUCAAGGAAAAAUAUAUUUAAGUGGGAUGUUGAUAGAUUUAUUUCAAUAUAUAUUUUUAAAAUAUCUACUAUAAUUUGUAAUUAUCGGUAAUUAAUGAUAUUAAUGGUUGAAAUAGUCGAACUGUUGCAAGUCUAAAGAAACAAAUAAAGUAUUUAGUACGACAUGGACGAUAUAACAUAUUUGUUCGAUUGGUAGUUCCUUUGUUUUGUUAGUUACUUUUACAUAAGGUUGGCCACCCUCAAGUAGAGAAAGAUGGAUGUCUAUCAGUCAUAGAUGUUAAUAGAUUGUCUUUUUUUUUUUACUUACAACAUUUUUCACUUUGGCAAUUCUUUAUUACUUGAAAUAUUUACAUUUUAACAAUGUGUUCUUUAUUUCUCCCUUCUAGCACAUGGUUUUUUUUUUUUUUUUUUUAUUAUAUCUCGCUUCUCUACUUGAUUCUUGUACAAAGGAAAAUAUUGCAAGUAAAAAAAAAGGAAAAAGAAUAUAUUUCAAAUGCGUGAUAAUUAACGUUGGUCUAAUGAUUAUAAGACUGUCCUUUUGUCCUUCUAUCCAUGUUAUAUAUGCGCUUGAUCCUCCACCAUUGUAAGAAAGAUCCUCAAUUUCUCCCCCUUGCAAGGGAGUUCUCCUUAUUUUAAAAAAAUAUAAAUGAAUAUUUCCUCCGUUUUUUUCUAUUGCGACGAUAGGUUUGGGUAUGAUUUUUAAAGAAGUGAAAGAGGUGUGUAAUUAAGCAUAAAUGUAAAUUUGAUUUACUAGAUUAGGAGAGAAAUGAACACUUAAUAAAAUAAAAUAAAAACCCCUAUAACAACAAAUGAUAUGUUGGUGAGUAAUUAAUGAUAGGUUUAGUAAGAUAAAGCAAGGUUAAUAGUGUCAACUAAAGUUGCUUUUUAUACCAAAAGUAAAAAUGUUCUACUAGGCCGUAUGUAUAAAACUACUAAUUGUUACAAUAUAUAGAAAAAUAACGGACGAAGUAGAUUUCAAGUACGCUCAUGAGGUUGUUGUUACGUGUCACAAACUUCCUUAUUUUCUCUCUUAUAAUUAUUUACUAUAACUUUGUUUUU